CAGGGCUUUGGUCUCGCGGACCCGGGGCUGCCGCUCGGCUACAUUCUCCAGCUUCCCGACGAGCUGCUGGUCGACAUCAUCUCAGCAGCCGCGGCAUGACCUAAAAACAUAUUCUACGCCCUCUAUGCCGACCGACGCGCCAUGACGCUGAUGUGCCACCGCUUCCAUCGCCUUGCCCCGCCCAUACCCUACUCUCGGCUGAUUAUCACGCUCGAAACGAUCAUCAACCGUUACGACACUCCAACUUACUCUUGGGUAACCUGGGAUCCGCCUGCUCCCACAUAUCCCUCCUUCUACCAAACCAAUCCCGUCGGUAGGACACUGCACCUCCUCCACCACACCUGAGUCGAACCCCAGCCUUCGAGGCUUCUGCAUGGAGCUGGUAUUCGACAUGAAAGACGAGCACUGGAACGAUCCGGCCUUGCUCCAGUGCGGCAAAGAAUGUCGUAGAGUGGCUUAGCAACACCGCAAGCCUCCGCUUCCACAACGGUUUUGGCGACAACAAAGAGGCCAACCUGUUCUUACUCGACUUGGCUUCCUAGAAUCGUAUCCUCCCCAGAAAUGUGGGCGUGUAUUGAUAGGAAGCGGUGGAAGUGACAUACGGAAUAGCCAAUGAUGGCAGGGUCGUUACAGUUGAAUGCAG